AACGAAAAAUCUUACCGUAACGAAUGAAUUGAAAAUUGUGGUUGUAUGGUUUUUUUUAUUCCUCUAUCAUCCAGUUAAAUAUUUGAGGUGUGAGAUUUUUCAUUUUUGUGUCAUUCGUUUCGUCGAUUUAUAAGAAUUGACGCUCUUUGUUUGAAAGACGUACACAACAGUCCAAAUUCAUGGAGAAUUCAAGGAGACCCGUGUCCUGUGGUCUGGACUUUUGUUCCGCUCCAGAUCUCAACAAUUGUAUAAUAGAAGCAAAAUCCAUGAAGUUCGAUUUCAUAUGCGUCCCCUUGGUGCAUCCUCUUUUUAAACAAGAAUUUCUAUCCGGAGAUGCAAAGAACCGACCUGGUCCAUUUACAAGACCAGACAUGAUUCUCAAUAGUGGCGAUUGGAACAACUUGGUAGUCGGGAAAUUAUCUCCUUUCAUAGAUGUGGAUUCUCCAUGUCUGAACGAAAAAAAAAACAGCGAACAUACUUUGAAUCAGGAAUUAGCUCUUGCUUCUCAUCUUGGAAUUCCAGCUGUAACAUUCAAGCUCACUGGAAACAUAAGUGAAAAUGCUAAUCUAGCAAGGAUUAUUAAUGACAAAUUGAGCAACAGUUUAUUUCAAGUUUGGGUUCAGGUUCCCAUGGAGAAUCCAGCGAAACGAGCUUUAUCUUACAGAGGAGUAGAAAACGCGGAAGUCGAGAGUACUUGGGAGUGGUGGAAUUCGUUUAGAUCACUGUGCGACUUUGAUAAAAAAUUGGGAUUGACCCUGAUAGUGAGCGAGGAUCUUCCUGAAAUGGAGGAAAUCGACCGAUGGCUGAGCGAACCUGUGCAGUGUUUAGUUCUGCCCACUACACUAUUUAUUACAAACAAAAAAGGAUAUCCAGUGUUGAGCAAGGCGCAUCAACAUUUAGUGCGAAAGUUUUCUGCUUUUGAAAUACAGUUCAUUCUCACUGGAGCCAAUCGAUACAAAAACAUGGGACAUUAUCAUCACUAUCUCAAUCACUUGUGGCAGAGUUGCAAUGCCAAUGGACCGAUCGAAACGUUCGCCAAAGGAUACGAAGACUAUCUGCAGUUUCCCUUGCAACCUUUGAUGGACAAUCUCCAAUCUCAAACAUACGAAAUUUUCGAGAAGGAUCCUUACAAAUACACGGAGUAUCAGAAUGCAAUCCGGAAAGCAUUAUCUCAUAUUGGAAGGAGAGAAGAUUCCCAGAGUCGAACGUUAAUUGUGAUGGUCGUUGGAGCAGGACGCGGACCUCUCGUUCAAGCUUCUUUGAAUGCUGCAACAUUGGCAAAAAAAUUAAUCAAAGUUUACGCUGUAGAGAAAAAUCCCAACGCCGUAAUCACUUUGCAGGCUCUGAAAGACGAAAUGUGGGGGAACGACGUGACGGUAGUUUCCAGUGAUAUGAGAGAAUGGCAAGCUCCAGAAAAAGCAGACAUUCUGGUGUCCGAGCUUCUAGGAUCUUUUGGUGACAACGAGUUAUCCCCGGAAUGUUUGGAUGGCGUUCAACGUUUCCUCAAAGACGACGGAGUGAGCAUACCGAGCUCGUACUCGUCCUAUAUUUGCCCCAUACAAUCGUCCAAGUUGUACAACGAAGUGAGGCAAUUCAGGGACAAAGACAAGAGCGCCAUUGCUCAUUUCGAGACGCCUUACAUCGUCCAUCUCCAAAACAAAUACGUUAUUGCGAAUCCACAAAAAUUAUUUUCUUUCGAUCAUCCGAAUAAAGACGAGAUAAUCGACAACAGUAGAUACGAAAUGAGGAAAUUCAGUGUGAAACAAAAUUGCGUGUUGACCGGAUUCGCGGGAUACUUUGAUGCUGUACUAUUCGAUAAUAUUCAACUGAGUAUUGUCCCGAAUACUCACAGCCCCGGAAUGUUCAGCUGGUUCCCGAUAUUGUUUCCGAUUCAGAGACCGAUGCAUCUGAAAGCUGGCGACGAAUUGGUUUUGCACUUUUGGAGGCGAUGCAACCCAAAGAAAGUUUGGUACGAGUGGUGCGUCAGUCAACCUGUGCCAGGAGUCAUUCACAAUCUCAACGGAAGAUCAUACACGAUUGGUCUUUGAUUUUAUUAUUAUUACUUCUUUUUCUCAAUUACAGUUGUGAACUUGUCUCCAGUAUUAACAAAGGCGUUGCCGGCUACAGCUUAAGAACAUGCGAAUUGAAAAAGAUAUUUUUUUGCUGAUUUUCUGAGAAAUCAAACCAUUUAUUUUUCAUUCAUAGACGAUUAUUUUCUGGGCCAAUCAUGGCUAAGAAAGGGAUGUUUCUCCCACAAAUUUCUAUUUUGACAGAGGGCCGUUAUCCCAAACAAAGUACUGAAACCUUGACGAGCUUCAAUGGAAUGCAGGAUCAAUUUAUAAUUAUCGAGACCUACGAUUUAAUUUUGAUAACAUAAAAUCAUUCCUUUUUUGAUGUUACAUCAAGCUCGUAAAUAGUCAGAUUUUCUUAAUUAUCAAUUAAGUGAAAAUAACUCAAUUGUUAUUGAUCCAAUGUUGACAAAAAUUGGAACUCGUGUUUAAACGUAAUGUUUAUAGACGUAAUUGCAUAUAUGAAUAAUGAUUAAAUGACAUAUAGAAUAAUAAAGAAACUAGUUUUGUGAUACUUUCAGGGGGUUCAUAAAUAAUAAAAUAAUUUGAUUAGCA